CUCGUAAACGGUAAUUGGGCUGGUAACCAACUUUAUGAAGCCCAAACUAAUAAAAGCCCAUUAAAAGAAUCCAUUAAACCCCCAUCACCUUCAAAGGCUAAAACCCUGUAGGAAACUGUAGAGCUUCGACAAUUUUGAGCAGCAGAAGGGAGCUUUUACUUUGAUUUAGCUCAAAAUGGGGUGGAAAAGUUAUCAGAAACUCAUUCAUCAGUGGAGAAUUCUCAGAGGAGAUAAUGUCAUGAUUAUCAGAGGAAAAGAUAGAGGCGAGACCGGCGUUGUCAAGCGUGUCGUACGUUCUCAAAACCGUGUAAUUGUCGAGGGGAAAAACCUGGUCAAGAAACAUAUCAAACAAGGGCAAGGUCAUGAAGGUGGAAUAUUUACAGUUGAAGCCCCGCUGCAUGUUUCCAAUGUUCAGGUUGUAGAUCCAGUCACAGGAAAACCAACCAAGGUCGGAAUUAGAUACCUGGAGGAUGGCUCCAAAGUAAGAGUCUCAAGAGGUAUAGGAGCAUCUGGCUCUAUCAUUCCCCGGCCUGAGAUCUUAAAAAUAAGGACCACACCAAGGCCUACAGUUGCUGGUCCUAAGGAUACUCCAAUGGAGGUUGUUAUGGAGAGGACAUAUGAUCCAAAAACAGGAAAAGGCAUGCCAGAUCUCUAAAGAAAAUGUGGUGUACCUAAUGCAUCACUUUGUGAGAACACUGUUGUUACUUAUUUCAUUGAAGGAACUCACACUGUUUGGCUUUAGACCAACGGAAUUUGCUACAGAUAAAUAGUGUUAACCGCUAAAAUUAUGGUAUACUUGAAAAGUUUUUAGCAGUUGUUGAAGAUCACGUGCCUAGUGGAACUCUCAACCCUAAAUCUAAAUGUUUCAUGUUUGACGGUCA